CUUUUCCUCUCCCUCAACUACCAAAAGUUAGAACUUAGAACCUUUCCUCUCUUUGUGUGUUGUUCUAUACAAAGUACCAACUUAUAGAAUACUGGUUAGCAAGCAAACCCAUGGCAACAACUUGUGGUGGCCUGCAACACAUCUUUGAUACCCUAUUGCCAGAAAAUCCAACACUGCUUGAAUCCCUCUCAUGGAACCAAAUAAAAACAGUGAAGUCCAUAGACCAAACCCCUUCCUUCACUGAGAUAUUUGGAGAACUCCAUUUCAAGGAGAGUCCAGUGUCAGUGUCAUCACCCUCAUCUUCCCUCGUUUCUACUACAUCAUCAGCUUCAACCACCCCAAAGACAAACCACACCAACAGGCACAAAAGUAGUGACAGCUUCUCAUCCUUGAGUUCAGAAAGUUUGCACCUAUGCACGGAGGGUCUUGGUUUUGAGAGCUCAGAUGAUGUUGAAGACUUAAAGAGUAGAAUGGAUGAAAGUUGGGAAAGAUAUAAAGAGAAAGAGGGUGUGAAAAAACGUGUAACUUCAGAAGGGGAGUGCAAGAGGGGAAGGGUGAAUGGAGGGGAGUACCCUCCUCCCAUUUCAUGCAUAGGGAGGAGUGGAAAGCCUUGGGUAUGCUUCAAGUCCUAUAGGAGUAAUGGGAGAUUUAUCCUCAAAGAGAUAAGGAUACCCUCACAGGAGUUGCUGCAUGCUUAUAGAGAGAAUGGGAGGUUGAAGCUACAUUUUGUUCAACCUGAUGAUGAGUUUAUAGAAGAAGAAGAUGAUGAUGAUGAUGAUGUAGAAAGUGUAGACGAGGAAGAAGAAAAUGAUGGUUGUGUAAAAGAUUAUGCAAAUGAGGAAAAAGAGAUUGAUGCACAAGUGACUAGUAACUCACUUGAUGAAAGGCAGAAAAUUUGAAUGUUCAAAGUCAUUUUCUUCUCAUUAGAUAUCAAAAAAACCGAAUCUGUUAUGAUUUUCUACUCUUUUCUUCUAAAGAUUUUGUUUUGUCUUCCAUUAUUGGCGGACUAACAAGAAAAUAACAAUGUUGUAUCAAUUUUGUCCCGCGCGACCUUCAUCCCUUGUAAAUGAGUCAGGUCCAAGUUAUUAUGUUUCUUA